GAGUGGUCCGCCUUGCCAACAAUGGCGGCGCCUUCAUAGCUUUGUUUCUGUGAUGAGGAAACAAGAGAGCUGUUUGAACCCUUGUGUUGAAAGAAACUGUAAGAAAUGGCGGACUAUGAAGAAGAAAACAUGUCUGACGAAUAUCAAGGGUCCCCAGAUGGAGAGGUUGACAUGGAGGAUGAAGAUGAGGAAGAGAGGCAGAUUAAUCAAGCACAAUGUCAGCAGCUAUUUGCCAGCACAGAUUACAUCAUGGAGCCAACUAUCUUCAGCACUCUUAAAAGGUACCUACAAGCUGGAGGUUCCCCAGAGAAAGUUGUGGAACUUUUGUCUGAUAAUUAUGUAGCUGUUGCCCAGACUAUCAACCUUCUGGCAGAAUGGCUUAUUCAGUCAGGUGUGAAAAUUGAGGAAGUACAGGACCUUGUUGAGACUCAUCUUAAAUCAAUGAUCAUCAAGCAUUUUGACCCUAAAAAAGCCGAUUCCAUUUUUACAGAUGAAGGUGAGACACCUGGCUGGCUGGCAGAAAUGAUUGAGUUCCCCACCUGGCGGGAGCUGUUCUACAGACUAGCAGAAGACUACCCUGACUGUCUUAUGCUUAAUUUCACAAUUAAGCUCAUUUCAGAUGCUGGAUAUCAAGGAGAGAUAACCUCUGUGUCAACAGCAUGUCACCAGAUUGAGGUGUUUUCCCGUGUCUUGCGCACAUCAAUUUCCAUGUUUUUGCAGUAUGGGGAAGAGGCAUUAGAAAAGCACCUUCCAGAAUUUACCAAAAUGGUAUGUCAUGGGGAACACACUUACCUAUACAGUCAGGUACUAAUGCACGUGCUGGCACAGGAGAGCAAGGGUGGCUCCAAUAUUCGUCGUUUGUGUCAAGAAGUUCAGCAGUGUGCCUCUGACAAAGGACUGGAUGUCACACCAAUAACCCUCGCACUGAGCGGAGCUUCAGCAUAUCCUCGCGCCUGUCAGGCCUUGUCUUCUAUGUUGUCUCGCAAGGCACUCAACCCUGCAGACAUGACCCAGCUGUUCAAGAUGUAUUCUGAGCCAGACCCACCACCUGUUGAUCUCAUACGUGUGCCAGUAUUUUUAGAUCUGCUGAUGGAGACGCUUUUUCGACCAGGCAGUCAUGUCAACCCUGAGCACAAGCACAAGUACAUCUAUCUCCUUUCCUAUGCUUCUUGUGUUAUCGAGGUCUCCCGCAAGGGUGGGCGCAAGAGCAUCAAUAAAGAGGAACUGAAGCCCACUGCUCAGGCCCUGGAGAAAACGCAGUCAUUAUGUCAGUUGCAUCGUGGAGCAUCAGAUCUCAUCGCAGAUGUUCACACUUUGUUUGGGUGUCUAAAAUUUCCUGUCUGUGCCAUGGGAGUACUUCGGUGGGUGGACUACACUGUCUCAGAGUCAAGCUAUUUCAAGCUGAAUACUGACCACACCCCUUUACAUCUCGUGCUUGUUGAUGAGAUUGUGACCAACCAUCCACUGCUGCACCAAAAAGCCUUGGAACUGCUUGUGCGUCUGUUUCAGGCAGGAUAUGAGGAGCUAGAUGUCUUAGUCAGGCUGGAGCUGAAGAAGAUGCUACUGGACCGCAUGGUCCAUCUCUUCAGUCGUGGCUGUGUCAUUCCUGUCCUCACCUAUAUUCAGCGGUGUUGUCAGCAGCAGGACACCGACAUCUCACUAAUCCGUUACUUUGUCACAGAGGUGCUUGAUGUCAUUGCACCCCCCUACACAUCAGAAUUCGUACACCUUCUACUGCCUCUUAUUGAGAAUCAAGACAUUACUGGCAUUUUGCGAUCAGAAGAUGACAGUGACCCAGUCUCACAAUUCUUAGCCAAUUGUUCAGCAGUCACGUCAUGAUUCUAAGGCUGCAGUCUGCUUCUUGGCUUGGGAAGUGCUUCAUGGAGUCUUGUCUGGCCCAAGAUUGAAGGGAACAGAUAAUAGGUGGCUCUGCCCUAUGCCAUGCCAGCGAGGCUGCUCCUAUUGUGAUUUGUGGCUUAUAAGGACCAAGUGCUGUAGAUGGUAUUUAUGGUGAUGGUGCAGCAUACAUGUGCUUGUGGGUGUGGGUGUCUGUGUGCAUGUGCUUUUGUGUGGAUGUAGGUGUGGGUGUGUGUUUGUGUGGGUGUCUAUGUGUGUGUGCUUGUGGGUGUGGGUGUCUGUAUGUGCUUUUGUGUGUUUGCUUGUUUGUGCGUGUGGAUGUUUGUGUGCUUGUAUGUGUGGAUGUAUGCAAGGAUGUGAGUGUACCUAGGUAUGGGAGAGUUCACUGUGUCGAGGAGCUCUCACAAGAAGAAGCUGUUAAUACGAUCAUGUCUAAUAAAGUCAUGUUGGUAACAA